CAGUGCCUGAUUGAGGCAAUCUCUGUGGACGGCCUCAGUGGGGAAAAAACAUCAGGGCACUCCUUUGUUGUUGAGGAACAGUAGGACAAAACUUGUGUGUUGCAUCAAAAAAAAAUCUGGAUUCGCCACAAGCACUGCUUACGUUAGAGAAACAUAUAUAUCUCAGCUGUUGAAUUUGAAGAAAUCAUGCCAGCACUUUGUACGAACUUGACCCCCGACAGCAGUUUUCCCCCAUCCCCGAUCCCUGACAGCACUUCGAAGCGUCUGUCUUGGGGGAGGCUGAUGCAGAAAUUGACUGAAUUCAGCGGAGCGAGUUUCAAUCAGAGCCUGGACUCCGACUCUGAUAGUUGCAGUAGGAGCGAUUUUUCGGAUUCAGGAUCAGUCCACCUGUCUGAUGUGUCUGUGUCUGAUUCUGAUCCGGAUCUAUUCUACGAUCCAAUGGAGGAGACUCUGCGCAGGGAGGUGGUUGAUCUCAUCGCACACAGCCUGACGGAGGCCAAAGAAGGGGCCCUGAGGUGCUCCAAACUUCUGAUCCCCGAUCAGCUCCUGGAGCACAUCGGACAAGAGCUGCUCCACUUGGCCGCCAGCGAGCCGUGCGGCCUGCGGGGGGCGCUCAUCGACCUGUGUGUGGAGCAGGAGGACAUCUGUCAGAGUGUUGAGCAGAUUGCAGUGGACCCGUACCUCGUACCAACUUUCCAGCUCACACUGGUGCUUAGACUGGAAUCCGGGGGACUCUGGCCUAAGAUCCAAGGCCUCUUUGCCUCAAAGUCAUCCUCUGCCCCGACCAUGAGAAAUGCACUGAAACUCAGCACUGGCUUCAGAGUGAUCAAAAGAAAACUGUAUAGCUCAGAGGAGCUGCUCAUUGAGGAAUGUUGACUGUAAGAAAACUGAACCACAGCUAUUGCCAUUAGAAAAGUUGGUACGAUUGAUGAGAGUUAUUGCCUUGAGUAGCUUAUGAAUAUUGCUCGCAUCACGCUUGAGUUGUACCCGCUGUUUGUGACGAUAGUCCAGCGGGCUACGAUUUGAUUAAUUUCUACUGCUGUGAUGUUGAGUUAUAACCAAAUGUUUGAAAUGGACCUGAUGCAUUCCAGUGUCCAUUGUUAGUGUAUGGGUUUCCAUAUUGCCCUGUGACCAGGGUAUCAAUAGUAGUCAGUGGUCAGCAACACAUGAUUUUAGGUACAUGAGAAAUGUUCAUUGCUAAACAUUUAAUGGACUUUGCAGAUUAACACUUGGCCUCUAGAUACUGAUGUAGUUUUGCACUGUUGCAACAGUUGCAUCAAGCAAAGCAAUGAAGAUGGUGCUUACUUCAAUUUAUGCUCUAUGAAAUGGUUACCUCGGUUUCUAUGGAAACCCAACUAUGGCAGCUAGGUAUAUGGUAAUGUAGCAGUAUUUAAACUAUUGUUCUGAAAGUUUGCAUUUUAAGUGACUCCGUUUUUACACUGUUUUAAUAUUAUGUGGGAACAAUUUCUGCUAUGGCUUCCCUUGGGCAUUGAGCCAGUGUGUAUGAAUAAUAAUUGGACCAUAUUGUUUUUGUGCUUCCAGUUUGUAGACCAGUCAGUCUUCACCAGAGAUCCUCAGUUGUUAUUGUGGCGAUUUUCUUUUUCUAUUGAACAUUCACCUGUGCCUCGGUUAUUAAUUUAUUUGAUAUUCAAAUAUUCACAUUGCACUGUUUUUGUACUU